AUGGAGAUCGAGUGCGAGGGCCAAGAAAGGAGGAGGACGGCCCUCUAUGGAAAGAUGUCUUCUAAAUAUCAAGAAUAUCGCACCAAGCAUCGUGCGAUGGCCGACAUCUACAAUCAGGAUCCUGACUUCCAACUGUUCCGCGAAGGGCUCAAGCAGAGGGAGGAUCAAUUGGCGCGUAAGGUCGAGGAGUUGAGGGAACGAGAAGAGGACCUUAUGAAGGCCAUCGCCCGUAACAGUGAGCUCGAGGCAUCCCUUAAAGUGAAGGAAGAUGAGCUUGAGCUAAUUAGGGGGGUGGCCAAUUUAACUACCGAACUGGAUACGAAGACGAUGGAGAUCAAUGAGUUUAAAGGUGAGCUGGGCGUGAGUUCCGAUAGAUUCGCGACUGUUGUCUCUGAGGCAGCGGUUUUGGAAGAUGCCCUCUGUGUUUGUAGGUCGGAGCUGACCAAGGAGAAGGAGGCGUCCGCACUUAAGAUAGCAGUGCUUGAGGGGCGUGUUCAAGGGUUGGAAGCGGAACUAUCCGCAUUGAACAAGAAAAUGGAUUCUUUAAAAGCGGAGGACGUACGACGACAGUCGCAACCUUCUACAUCUUAUGCUCCAGUUGAUCCCGUUGUGCCUCGACGUCUAUAUGAGUUGUGGGUUCAUGCCGAGGCUCAGCUCGAUGCGUACAAGGCUCUUCAUGUUGAUGGGAGGGCGUCCGAAGUGGAGCUUCGGGAUGUACGUGCCAAGGCUCGUGCAGCUCGUGAGGCAUGCAAGUAUGAUCCUCUUACGCCUGACAGAGAUGAUAUCAAUUCUGAUGAUGCGAAUAGACUCGCCUCCGACUCUUGGUACGAAGACUUGUAUGCCACCAGGAAUGAUGUGUAG